ACUGGCCAUUAUUGUUUCUCUAUUUGUAUUUAGUGUAUACAAUGUACGCAUAUAUGUUGUGUAGUAGAUGAAACAUUGUUAGUCAUUGUUUGUAUCCGGAUACAUUAGUCUGAGCGCACUUUAUGUGCUAGCUUAGCUUGCUAGUUAGCUUAGCUUGUUAGCUGCUAACAAAGAGACGCGGACGUUAUCAACACAUCGCUAAGUAGAGAUCAAAUGUGAGUGUAAAGUGUUGUGAUUGUGUGAAAAUGUGCGAAAGAACGAUAGCAAAGUAUGAGGAGGAACUUUGUCCAACAAAAGAGGAGAAGGAGCGACAACAUCAACUACAGGACGCUGUUUUCAAGAAACAUCAAGUUGUGUUACACAGAACAGACGUCCAGCAGCCCCCCCACAUUAAAGAGGAAGAGGAGAAUCCACAGCCUCCCCACAUUAAAGAGGAAGAGGAGGAUCCACAGCCCCCCCACAUUAAAGAGGAAGAGGAGGAUCCACAGCCCCCCCACAUGAAAGAGGAAGAGGAGGAAGUGUGGAUCACUCAGGAGGGAGAGUGUCUUCUAGGGCAGGAGGAGGAUGAUGUCACCAAGUUUCCACUGACUGUUGUCUCUGUGAAGACUGAAGAGCAUGAAGACAAACCACCUGAGUCCUCACAGCUUCAUCACAGUCCAAACGUCUGUGAAGAACUACUUCUGCCUGAAAAACAGGAGUGUAGCUUCAGGAUGGUGAAGGAGGAUCCAUCAAAGAGGAAGACCAGGCACCACAGACCCUCUGGCGUCUCCUUUUCCUCUUUGACACAGACCCUUCCCUGUAAAAAGGAAGAGGAAGACUCACUGACGCCCCACCUAAAAGAGGAAGAGGCGGAACACAGCAUCAGUCAGGAGGGAGCUCAUAUUGAAGAACUGGUGGAGUUCCCAGUGACUGGUGUCCCUGUGAAGAGUGAAGAUGAUGAGGUCAAAGGUGAAAGUGAGGAGAAGAGAGAGGCGGAGCCUCCAAGCAGCAGCUCAACACAACACAUGACAACAGAAGCUGAUGGAGACCACUGUGGAGGAUCACAAGCAGACAAGCUCUUAGCUCCACUAUCAGAUAGUGAGGACACAACGUCACACUCUCCUGACACUGAUGAUGAAGACUCUAAAGAUGAUAAGACAUGUCACACUGACAACACUCACUUCAAAUGUUCUCACUGUGACAAAACCUUUAAAUACCAUUGUCAUCUGAAAAGACACAUGAGAACACACACUGGAGAAAAAUAUUUUUCCUGUUCAAUCUGUGGUAAAGGUUUUGAAAAAAGUUCCAAGUUGAAAGUACACAUGAGAACACACACUGGUGAUAAACCUUUUAUCUGUUCAAUCUGCAGUAAAGGUUUUGUAGAAAGUCACAAUUUGAAAGUGCACAUGAGAACACACACUGUUGAAAAAACAUUUUCUUGUUCUAUCUGUGGUAAAGGUUUUGCUCUAAGUACAUAUUUGAAAGUGCACAUGAGAACACACACUGGUGAAAAACCUUUUUCCUGUUCAAUCUGUGGUAAAGUUUUUGUACAAAGUCACAAUUUAAAAGUACACAUGAGAAUACACACUGGUGAAAAGCCUUUUUCUUGUUCAAUCUGUGGUAAAGGUUUUGCACAAAUGUCUGGUUUGAAAAUACACAGAACAAUACACACAGGAGAAAAAUCCUUUAUUUGUUCAAUCUGUAGUAAAGGUUUUGUUCUAAAUAACUAUUUGAAAGUGCACAUGAGAACACACACUGGUGAAAAACAUUUCUCCUGUUCAAUCUGUGGUAAAGGUUUUGUAGAAAGUUGCAGAUUGAAAGUGCACAUGAGAACACACACUGGUGAAAAACCUUUUAUCUGUUCAAUCUGCAGUAAAGGUUUUGUAGAAAGUUUCAAAUUGAAAGAACACAUGACAACACACACUGGUGAAAAACCUUUUUCUUGUUCAAUCUGUGGUAAAGGUUUUGCUCUAAGUAAAUAUUUGAAAGUGCACAUGAGAACACACACUGGUGAAAAACCUUUUAUCUGUUCAAUCUGCAACAUAAGCUUUUGUGAAAGACCAAACCUUGUAAGACACAUGAGAACACACCCAGGAGAGAAAGUGUUGAGUUGCAGUGUGUGUGGUGAAAGGUUCUCUUAUAAGUACCAGUGUAAGAAACACAAGUGUGCUGGUGAGAACAGCAGCAGCAAAUGAAACUUCAGGAUUUGAAAUAAACUGUCAAGACUUUAAUUUUGACUUUCUAACAACAUCAGCACAUAUAACAUGUGUGACAUUGUUGUUUGUGUAACACAAUCUUGUCAACAUGCUUCUAUAUUUAUACACCUUUUUUUUCAGCCCAUUGCAUGCAUUAAUAUGCAACAUUGUGUACUUUUAUAUUGACAUAAACUAUUACAAGAAGAACAAUUUUACUAAAAAGGUCAGUAAAUCCAAAACAGUACAAAACAUGUGAUACAUUCAAAUUACAUUUAGUGUACAUACAUUUUUAGACAAGAUAAUUUCCUUUUAAAAUGUGUGACUGUAUGUGUAACAUUGUUGUUUGUGUAACACUAUUUUAAUAUGCUUCUACAUUUAUAGAUUAGAUAUUUUGUAUUAGUGCUUUUUUUAGUCAAGUACAUGCAUUAAUAUGCAACAUUGUGUACUUUUAUUAAACAUUGAACAGAACAAUUUGACUGAAAAGGUGAGAGUAAAUAGUACAAGACAUAUUUUACAUACAAUAAAAAAAUGUAUGUGUAUAUAUAUUCUUCAUACAAUAUUAGACUUAUUCAUAAUAGUGUUUUUUAUAUGUGUUUGAAAUAUUGAAGUGUGACAUAUUUUUAUUUCUAAUUAUUAAUAAUCCCAUAGACUAGCACCUUUAUAUGAUAUACAUAUGUACUGGUUCACAUCUGAAACAUCUUCUGGACCACUUCAGGAAGCAUAUUACUAAAUUUCGUUGGACCUGUACCUGUACAUGCACAAUGACAAAUAAAGAUCAUUCAUUCAUUCAUUAUUAUUUACUUUAUACAUAAUUUUAACAGUUGUCUUUUGUACACUUUUAAAAUGUGUGACUUUAUGAAUUAUAUGUUGGGUCUCUAUAAUCCAUUUUAUUAAUUAUCUUUAUUACUCUCUUUUGUAAUAUGAUGACUGUGUUGUGAUUGUUUUAUAUGUAUGUCCCCAGACCUUUAUGCAAUAUAAAAGUGAGA